CUUGGGUGUGAGCGGAACGUCAUACUACUUAGCUGAUGCGUUCUUUAAAUAUGUCCUUUGCGGGAGCCAAUUUGUGAAUGUGUUUUUCAUUGAUGUGGCUCUAUGUGAAGUUAGUGACAGUUUAGAACUGCAAAUAAAAUGGAUACUAGAAUCAUUAAUGGUCAAUUAAGUUAAAGUGAUCUUAAUAAGUGUAGUUAAUUUAUAAAGAACAAUGGGUAUGAAUGUUGAUCAAGUUUAUUUGGAUUUGUCCAAGCUUCUAAAUGAUAUUUGCAAAUUUUUGGAUAAGGACAAACUGUCAUCAUUGCUUCCCCAUGAACGAGCUAUUGCCGACAGUCUCAUCAACAGAUCCAAAGUACAAUUACAAGAAAUAUCAAAAAUUACUGACUAUGUGCAUAUGGACCGCAGAAAUGACAUCAUUAAGAAAAAAGUGGAUACAGAAGAAAAUUAUAAAAACUAUCCGAAUCAAGACGUGGAAGAAAAUGAAGAAGAAGGACAAACAUACAAUACCAUAGAACAUGUGGGUAUGCCACCAAAAAAUCCAUCUGAAGAUUUCAAAUUCAAACCACAAGGUACGAUGAAUAAUUAUGUAGAGAGGGAUAAUUUUGGCAAACGUCCGUCAGAAAGUUCAUCGUAUAGUCCAAAAGAAAAAAUUGUACCUCCGCCAGCUGUGUGUCCAUAUUCUGAUCUCCCAGCAAAAGAUACAAUGUACUGUGUAAAAUAUGGAUACAUAUCUUGGAAGGUUAAAGUGAUAUUUGGCAUAGCAAAAAUGAAACGAAUAUACGCUGCAGUCUAUGAAUGUUGGCUACUAAUUUAUAAUACCGACAAAGAUAUGAAGCCUGCAACCAUUUUAGAUCUACGACACCACGAAGUCAAAGAACAAGACACAAAAUAUUUUGAAUUGUCUUCAAAAAAAGAGGAGAUGAAAUAUUUCUUCAUGGCUUUGACUGAAAAAGACAUGAAACAAUGGGUGUCUCACAUUAGUAGGGUCCACGAAAGACGGGUUCAGCAAGAAAAACCUAUGGAACCACUCACACCGCAAAGAAUUGAGCCAGAACUUAGUGAAGAAGAGGAUUCUGAGAAUGAAAAUUAUCAGGAGAUUGACUCUUCAUUCAUCUUGUCAAACACCAAACCACCGGAUUUACCGAAAAGACCAAACAUUAAACCCAGUCCUGUUGCCCAAAAUAACCUGGUGGUAGAAAUAAAACCAAGCUUAAAUCAAUUAGACGAUGAGGAAAUGGAGGAGGAAACUUACUACCAGAUAGAAAACCCCAUUCCAUCAGGACCUGCAUUUACCGAAGACAAAUCCGAAGGGGAUCGAGAUUCGUUUUCAGACGACGAGGACGAUGAGAACAGUAUAUACGUACAAGUCACCAACAUAAACCCAUCUCAAGCUAAGCCUGAUCCGGACGAUGACUAUCCGACAUUGUAUUACCAAGCUGGAGGACCUUUGAAGGGUCAAAACGGUGACGACGACGGCGACGACAUUUACGACACCGUAUCGGCACCCAGUGAGCCGGUGAAACGGCCCCCACCAACCCUCUCCAGUGCAUCAAAGCCGCCCAUUACACAUCAGAAAAACGAACCGCCCCCAAAGGCGCCCAAACCAGUUUUCACCCGGUUAGCUUCGAGAAAAGGAUUUUUAUACUCGACAUAAUUUAGUCCACUUAAAUAUUUAUGUAUUUUAAAAUAAGUCUAGGAUGUAUAUUUUUUAAUGACUAAUUGUUUAUGUAUAAUUUUAAAUAAAUACGUUUUUUUAAACA